UUGCGAGAGUGCGGCGAACUAGCCGAGUUUGUAUAACACGGUAGUGAGUGAAUUGCAUUGCAGCUUCGAUGUAAUUUGGGAAUCGAAUAUUUUGUACGUGUACAGACACUCCCUUGGCAAAAUCGGAAUUUAGUGCCGUUUCUGACUGAAGAAGACUUGGAAACAGUAACAAGUUAAUAGAUAAGUGCGAGUAAAACCCGUUCUAACACAAAGAAUUCGCGAUUCAUGCAUUCUUCAUAGACGGUUUCAAAAUGGAGUAGAUGGUCAUUGGAUUUGUUGUUGUUCUGGAGGAAGAGACAGUGCGUGCUGGCUUGGGCUCGGGCCUGAGAGGAGUCCUCGUCGGGGGCGACGUCUGCUGCACCUGGGGGCCACGAGGAGCAGGUGUUGCUGAUGUUUUUAUACAUAAAUCGGGGAGUCUUCUGGAUGCUGCUGGAUCUAUGUAUGACCUUUGUGCACCCAAAUAUACACCGAUCGGCCGUUCGUACACCGAAAUAAGUGAUGCGGUGCGGCGUUGAGUUCGGGGCCGGCCGGAGAAUGCAGUGGCCGGCGUCUUCAUGGUGGUGAAGUUGGUGGUCGCUGGGUCGGCGGUGGAUAGAGGGGCCAAAAUCGUGGCGGGCCUCUGGCUGCUGCUUCUGGCGGGGCUGUGGGGUCGCGCCUCCGGAGGCGUGCUCCUGGCGCAAUACCCGGGCCCCGCCGAUCCACCGAUGCACUUUUCCCAUCUGGCGAUCGACCACCAAACGAAGAGGAUCUUCGCCGCCGGCACGAACCGCCUCCUCCAGCUCGACGCCGAUCUCAAGUUGGAGUACGCGGUGGUGACCGGUCCGAAGAACGACAGUCCGUCAUGUCACGCGGUCGGGUGUCACAACCCCGACAUACCCCUCACGCUGACCGAUAACUACAACAAGAUUCUUCUGAUCGAACCGGAAUCGCGGACGCUUAUAUCGUGCGGGUCUAUUUUCCAAGGUGCGUGCUACAAGUACAAACUGAGCAACAUCAGUGCGGAACCGGAGUUCAUUCCGCAGGCGGUGGCUGCGAACGACGCCAAUGCGUCCACUUACGCCUAUAUCGGGCCCGAAAGUUACAACUUGUGGGGGCGAUCGAACAUAAUGUACGUAGGGACCACCUUCACUAACAAUGGCGAGUUUCGGCACGACGUCCCGGCCAUUGCUAGUAGGGAUUUGGACACUUUAGCCAUCGCUGAAUACUCUUUCAACAAACAAUCGCACGUUAGCAUUGACGUCAAGUAUAGAGAUCAUUUUAUUGUUCAGUACGUUUACGGAUUUAACGCUAGCGAUUACGCUUACUUCGUCAUUGUCCAGAAACAAUCGCACCUUCCGGGCCAGGAAGAGCAAGGCUACGUAUCGCGAUUAUCGAGGACUUGCAUAAACGACGCCAAUUACGACAGUUACACCGAAGUUACGCUGCAAUGUGUCGACGGUGAUCAAAAGUAUAAUCUCGUUCAAGAUGCUAAAAUUGCGACUGCAGGGGACGAAUUAGCCAACUCGCUCGGAAUUGCAGUUGGAACCCCAAUUUUGAUCGCUGUUUUUCGACCCGCGCGUGGAAUUACCAACGAACCCCAACCGCACUCAGCCCUCUGUCUCUACCCCUUGCGAGAUAUCGAAGCCAAAUUCAUUGAAAACAUUCACAUGUGUUUCAACGGAAGCGUCAAGUACAGGAAUAUGGGGUACGUUUCGGGGCCUAUUUUGGACGGGAAGUGUCCGAGCAGCGGAUCGGCUGGGAAUAUCCCGAAUUUCUGCGAAGUCGGGCUAAAACUUAGCGGGGUUACGCCUAUAGUCACAAACGCAGCGCUUGUGUUUCCUAAUGUUUCGUUAUCGGCUGUUGCUACCGCGUCGACGGGAAGACAUGUAUUAGCUUUCCUGGGGACUACCGACGGGAAAUUGAAAAAAGUACUUCUAUCAGGUCCUGUUCCUACAGAGUAUGAGGAAGUUGUUGUCGACGAAGGUAACGCGAUAUUACCCGAUACGACUCUCUCGACUUCAGGAGAUUACCUCUACGUCCUCUCAACAUCAAAGAUAUCAAAGAUUAAUGUCGAGCACUGCAGCAGCUACAACAACUGUUCAGCUUGUUUAGAAUCAAAAGACCCUUAUUGCGGGUGGUGUUCUCUCGAAAAGAAGUGCACUGUUCGUAGUGCCUGCCUCAAGGCCUCUCAUAGCCCUCCGCGCUGGCUGUCGCUGGGAACGGGGCAACAGUGUAUAGACUUUGAGCAAGUUUUACCGGAGCGAAUUCCGAUUAAUCAAAUGACUACCGUCCGUCUUACAAUAAAAACUCUUCCAGAACUUCCAUAUGGUGCUAAAUAUAAGUGUGUGUUUGGUUCGGCGGAGCCCAUCGAUGCAGUCGUGACAGAAUUCGGGCUCUCAUGUCCGACUCCUGACGUCUCAAGGCGUCCGCAAAUCCCGCCACAAAAAGACCACGUCCUCGUACCUCUCAGCGUUCGAUCGUCGGAAACAAACAAAGACUUCGUAUCGAGAAAUUUUGCCUAUUACGACUGCUCCAGACACACAACGUGCAUGCAAUGUGUCAAGUCACAGUGGGCGUGCAAUUGGUGUGUCUACGAAAAUAAGUGCACACACAAUACUUCAGUCUGUCAACGCAACAUCAUUAGCGGUGAAAAUAACCCCAUGCACUUGCCGAAUCACGGCUUCGAAUACUGCCCGCAGUUUCGAAGACGCGACGUUAUUUUAUUACCCACGAACGUACCAAAGCAAAUGGUUUUCGAAGUUAAAAAUUUACCCCACCCCCAGCCUGCCCACUCCGGUUUUCAAUGUAUCAUAAUCAUCGAAGGUGCCACAAUGCUGGUGCCUGCGCGAGUAUCGUACAACAAACACAUUGUUUGUGAUAACACGACAUAUUCGUACGAAGCCAACGAAGGGGAGUACGAAGCUAAUGUGACAGUUGUUUGGAACAGAAAUCAUCACAUUGACUCAAUGACAGUCAAAUUAUAUAAAUGUGAUAUACUGGGAUCGCACCGCGAACACGCCGACUGUUCAUUAUGCGUCACCAGAAACUCGAAAUAUCAGUGCACCUGGUGCGGAAACACUUGCACCUAUAGCGAAACGUGCCAGCAAAUACCGCACAUCGAGUGCCCAAGACCUCGGAUAGACAUGAUAAAGCCGCUGAGUGGCCCGAUAGAGGGCGGUACGUUGGUAACCAUCGAAGGCAGUAACUUGGGUUUGAAGAAAGAGGACGUUCAGGGGAAGAUAAAAAUAGGGGAGGUGCCCUGUGAGCUCGUUAAUUACGAAGUUUCGGUGAAGAUUCAGUGUGUGACGGGCCCGUCAAAGGUCGAGAAGACGGCGCCGAUAAUAGUGGGGAACGAGGCUGGUUUUACGAAAUCGUCGGUUGAGUUCAGUUACAAAGAUAUUAAAUUGUUCGGAAUUGAUCCAACGAAAGGUCCGCUGUCUGGCGGCACUCAAUUAGCAAUUAGGGGACAGUAUCUUAAUAUCGGUUCAGAAAUAACCGCGUAUUUAGAUGAUUACCCCUGUCAAGUUAAUUUAACUCAAGCAUCGAGCGGACGUCUGACUUGCAUCACUUCGCGAGCGCACGAGCCGGUUAAUGUAGGAAAACUAACAUUAAGUAUAGAUGGCGCGAUUCGUACUUUAGAAGGUAAUCCGUUUAAUUACACGCAAGAUCCGACGAUUAUGGAAAUUAAACCGCUGAAAAGUUUCGUGUCUGGAGGAAGAAUGAUCUUCGUUCACGGCACUAAUUUAAGUAGCAUUCAAGCGCCAGAAAUGGAAGUUUACUCGGAUAGCGAACCGUCGGUCCCUAUUAACAAAACCUCGUGCACUGUCUUGAGUGCCACGCAGAUUGAAUGUCCGAGUCCUUCCGUCAAUCGGCAGUUUCUUUUAGCCAGCACUAGGGUUAGAAGAUCACUUAGACAGCCGUCGGCUAUUAAAAUGCCAGAAGCACAGCUUGUAGUGAAAAUCGGUUUUAUAAUGGAUAAUGUACAGUCUGUUAAAAAUUUAGAUAAGCAUUUCCCUAACUUAAGGAGCCAGUUGUUAUACGUAGAGGACCCGAAAUUUUUUAAAUUCCCCAACCAAAUAAAACUUUACAAGGGUGAUACUUUAGUAAUAGAAGGCGAGAACUUAAAUAUGGCUAGUGAUGAAACUGAUGUUGUUGUUACAAUAGGCACGAAACCGUGCAAUGUCACCGGACUAGCUAUGAGCCAGCUUGUUUGCUCACCACCUGAAACGCAGCCACUUGACACGGACGAGAACGGCGUAAAGACUGAUACUAAUCUGCCUCUCGUCGUCGUUCGAGUGGGACGUAACUUGAGGUUUCCACUCGGUUAUCUGCGUUACGACAUUUACAAAAGUUUCGCUUUUCCUCCCGAAGCAAUAGCGAUGAUAGCGGCAGGAACAGUCCUAUUCGUGUUAUUUUUUUUCGCUGUUCUUUUUGUCUAUCGUCGUAAAUCCACUCAAGCGGAACGCGAAUAUAAACGUAUUCAGAUACAAAUGGACACGUUAGAGAGUAAUGUAAGAUCGGAAUGUAAAUUAGAAUUUUUAGCAUUUGCCGAACUCCAAACAGACAUGACCGAUCUCACCGCCGAUUUGGAAAAUUCCGGAAUACCGACACUAGACCACACGAGCUACAUCAUGAAAGUGUUUUUCCCAGGCGUCAGCAACCACCCGAUUUUAAACGCGCCUAAAGUACGGAUUAACGUACCGAGGACUAACUACGACUCGGCAAUGCUACAGUUCGAACAACUGAUAAAUAACAAACACUUUGUGCUAGUUUUUAUUGAAAUUUUAGAAUCUCAAAAGUCGUUCAAUAUACGUGACAAAGUCACAGUUGCGUCCCUGUUGAUGGUCGUCUUAAUGGGCAAGAUGGAAUAUGCCACUGAUAUCCUCAAAAGUUUGCUUUUACGACUUAUUGAUAAGUCAGUUAACACGAAACAUCCGCAACUUAUGUUGCGUCGAACCGAGAGCGUUGUGGAGAAAAUGCUAACCAAUUGGAUGGCCUUGUGUAUGUACUAUUACCUGAAGGAAUACGCCGGUUCGUCGUUAUUUUUACUAUUCAAAGCGAUCAAACAUCAAAUUGAGAAAGGUUUGGUCGAUGCAAUCACUCACGACGCUCGUUACUCGCUAUCCGAGGAGCGUUUAUUACGCGAGCAAGUGGAGCACAGUGUCGUGACUUUGCACAUUGUGCAAGACGACUUGGACGAAAAAAUCCAGUGCAAGGUGUUGGACUGUGAUACAAUCAGUCAAGUCAAGUCGAAAAUACUAGAUGCACUCUUUAAAAACACACCGUUUUCCAUGCGUCCUUCGAUCCAUGAAGUCGACUUGGAGUGGCGGCACGGGCGCGGUGGUCACUUAACGUUACAGGACGAAGACUUGACGACUAAAACAGUAGGCUCGUGGAAGAAAUUGAACACUUUGGCCCACUACGGCGUUAAAGAAAGUGCGGUCAUGUCGCUGAUUUCGCGUCAGAAUGAUAGUUUCAACAAUUGCAAACAACCGUGCCACAAUUGUGUGGCUGGUAUGUACUUCAACAACUCGCAGUCGCCGAUAAUCACAACAAAUGGGGACGUGGAGACGGGCACCAAUCCCAGGAUUUAUCAUUUAGUUAAGCCGAUCGACGAUCACCAGUUUCCGAACAAUAAACUGGGCGAGCGCACCCAUAAAGCCAUCCCCGAGAUAUUUCUGACCCGGCUUUUGUCCACCAAAGGGACGAUUCAGAAAUUCGUCGAUGAUUUUUUCAUGACUAUACUAACAGUGAAUGAGCAACUGCCCCCCGCGGUUAAGUGGUUGUUCGAUUUGCUGGACGAAGCGGCGCGAAAGCACGGGAUCCAGGACCCUGAAGUCGUCCACGCUUGGAAAUCGAAUAGUCUUCCUCUUAGAUUUUGGGUGAAUUUUAUAAAGAAUCCCGAUUUUAUUUUCGACAUUAACAAAACGACCACGUUGGACUCGUGUUUGUCGGUGAUCGCGCAGACGUUUAUGGACUCGUGUUCGACCACCGAACAUCGGUUAGGCAAGGAUUCGCCCUCGAAUAAGCUACUGUUUGCUAAAGACAUUCCUCGGUACCGAGAGAUGGUGUCCCAGUUCUACCACGACGUUGCGACUUUGCCGGUUAUAACCGACCAAGAGAUGGGCUCGGCUAUGCAGCAGUUGUCGGCCCAGCAAGCCGACGAAUUCGACAGUGUUGCUGCGCUCAAGGAGCUCUACAUUUACGUUACGAAGUAUAGGGAACCGAUAAUUGAGGCUUUGAACAAUGACAUAAACUGCCGUCGGUUGCACUUGGCACAAAGGCUGGAUAAUGUUGCUUAUACUCUUGGAGGUGAAGACACUUCAGCUUGCUGACCUCGUCAGUCACCUGAUCCCCUGCUGCCCCAACCCUUGGCGCCCUGAUUCCAUGCGCAUUGUGCAUACACAUGUCCGCAUGUGGCUGCAUAUGAGCGUGUUAUACUGUGAUAUGGCGCACGAUCAGGUGACUGUGAUUGGAAGCGUACUUACCCUCCAGCGGCUGCUAGUUUCCUUCCUGAGUGCCUCGCUACGCUGAUGGGACGUGACAGGACAGUGUAUACGCGCAGUGGCGCACUUAUAUAGCGCACUUUCGUUCGGUCCGGUUAGCUUAGUUUUAAGUAGAAGUCUAUAGACAUUUAUUCUACAUGUAUCCGACUGAUAUGUUGCGAUUAAUUUUAGUCAUUUAUUUAGAUACAGUAUUAAAGGACGACAUAGUUUAAGUCUGCAGUAACCUGGUUACUGCAUCAUGCAACAUCGCCUGAGCAUUUAAUUUACUAUCAGUCGUGUAUAUGGUAAAAUAGUGAUCUGUGCCGGAACUAUAUUUAUGUGGAAUCGUCUUCACGUCCAGUGAUUUGUACGUUACUAUUUUAAUUAUGUUUAAUAUUAAACAGUGCAUACUUGUAUCUUAACUAUUAUAUAUUUUUUUGUACAUACUUCUAUUGUGCAUAUAGAUUAUUAUAUCGGAUUUAUAAAGUGUUUAUAUUUAAGCAUUCAUUCGUAAUUCAUUUAUUAGAUUGUGUUAGAUACAUUUUUAUCCUAACGACAGUUUUUACAAACAAUUUAUUGUAUAUGUCGUAAUCGCCUAUUUAAAAUGUGACUAUACACGCCACCUUUUAGUUUGAAACCUAGACAAGAUAUAUAUUUUUAUUCAGUAUUUUCCACAUCACGUAUUGUAGUCAUAUUUUAAAUUUGCCAUUAGAAAUUUUUAUAUUUAAAAUAUUGAUGUUUGAAUUCUCAAAUUUAAUAUACGAAAAAAGUAGUAUAUAAAAUGUUACUUCUGGGCCAGGACAUUUGGCGUCUUAAAAAUCAAGGCAAAAUCUUACAAAUUUAGCUGUUUGCCCAAAAGCAAACAACCGAAUAGGGCCUAAAACCUCUCAAAAAUCAUUAAUUUUUAAUGAUUACUUUUGGGAAAACAGUAAAUUUGUAAGAUUUUGCCUUGAUUUUUAAGACGCCAAAUGUCCUGGCCCAGAAGUAACAUUUUAUAUACUACUGAAAAGUUAGAUAAAAAUGUUUGUUAAAUGCAAUUUUAAGGGGACUUACUUUAAUUCAAUUCAUGAUUUUAUUAUCUGAUUUUUUACUGGUUUAUAUUUCGUAUGUUUUUGGUAAUGUGAUCGUGAAUUAAAGCUUUUUAUAUAAAGUGUAUUGUUUAGUGAUAUUUUUUUACUCUAUUAAACUUGUAUUCCAAAA